GACCAUUGAAGGCUUUCAAAUUAUAUAGUUAUUUAUUGUAACAUACUAGACUAUAUUAAACUAUAUUACAUGUUUAAUAAACAAGAUGUAAACUCCAUGCUCUGGGUGGUUAACUACCACUAAGUAGGUAGCAAUGACUAAGAAUUAUCUAUUAUAACUUAACUGGUAAAGCCAAAGAUAUAAUUUCUACUCCGACACAUCUACAUACUUCUCAAUGUAUCCAAAGGUACUCUUGUUCCAUGUAAACUCUAAUACACUAGGCAACUUGGUUCAUUUAUUUUUCUCUUAAAGUGCUCAGAUUUGAUAUGGGGAUAUUCUUAUUAAGCAGUCAUUAAAUGUAAUGGAUUUUUAAAUACAUUUUAUAUUGAAAAGUCUGUAAUUUAUGAACUGGUUUCCAAAUACCAAAGGUCAUGGCAUGCUAAAGCAAUAUUUUCGCUUCCUGAUGUGUAUUUUGUGGGGGCGGGAGGUAAACUAUAAAUUGGCAGUUAGAUGAAAACAUCCUUUGUAGUUUUUCACACGUUUUGAAUAGCAAAAGAUUAUAACUCAUUAUUUGAUUACUUUUUUAAUCUAAGAUCUUCUCUGGAUGUUCUUACACCUGGUUAUACACUAUAUAACUUUAAUUCCUGUCUGCAGCAAUAUUACAUUCUUUUACAUAUUAUUUUCCAACAAAAUUUAUUUUUAAAUUUAUUCUUCAAGUAGAUUCUAAAGACAAACACAGAAAGAUACCAAGAUUGAGCUAAAGCAAUCUAAAUCUUUCCAGGAAAAAAAAAUGCUUACGAAUAAGCAAAACAAAGAUGUUGUAAACAAGCAAGAGUUAACCUACACAGAACUGAAAAUGUCCAAAUCUCAACAGAAGCAAAAAACACCCAAGAAAAACCAAAGCAAUGUCAUAUCAAGUGAACAAGUAACUUACGUGGAAAUAAAAUUUCCCAGAACUUCUCACCUUCAGCGCAGAAAACAGCUGUUUAGGAAAAACAGAAAAGUGUUAGACCACCAGUCUACAGCAUGGCAGGUAGUAACUGCGAGUCUGGGGAUCUUGUGUGUGGCCUUGAUGACAACAGUGGGUGUCUUGCUUGCAAACCUAUUUUCUAGCAGAGAAGACCAAAACCAAAAAAUAUCACCUGUUCCCACUCUAUCUUCCGAAGAUGAUAAAUGUUCCUAUGACCUUUGUUCAACCGACUGGAUUGGAUUUGGAAAUAGUUAUUACUGUCUUUUCAAUAAGCCCAAAACCUGGGCAGAGAGCCAUGUUGCCUGUGCAGAGCUGAAUUCCCACCUUCUAAAGCUAGAUAUCAAGGAAGAGCUGGAAAUUACAUCAACGCUUGAAAUGAAAGGAUGGAUCGGUCUCAAAAUCAAUGAAACAAAUGAAUUCUGGUUAUGGGAAGAUGGCACUGAAGUUAAUGAAAGCCUAUCAGAAUUUCUGAAAAUGGGGGACUAUGGUUGUGCAUAUAAAGAAGGAAAUUAUAUUUACAGUGAUAAUUGUUCAUCUGGGAAAAGUUAUGUCUGUGAGUUUAGUAUGUAGCAGCUAUUAGCAGCUACUUUGCUAAUACAUGUUGUUACUGAAUCCUAAUUUAAUAAAAUAAA